GAAGAAAAUGAAGAUAGGAAAGCAGAAAUAAUCCAUAAAUUAAGUGAUGAAUUAAAUAAAUUAGAUGCUAAAAUAAAUAGAUUAACAUUAUGUUAUGGGUGUCAAAAGAAGAAUAUAUUAAAUCCAUUAUAUGAAUUACUCACCAAGCUAAAUGAAUCAAAUGAAUCAAUUAUUUCAAACCAAUCACUUGACACAUUAAAAAUAAUAGAAGAUUGUAUCAGUUGUAAAGAAUGUGCACAAAGAAGAUAUAAUUAUUAUUUAUUUUAUGAACCAUUAAACAAAUUAAAAAAGAUUUCAGAAGAAUUAGACAAGGAAGAAAAUGAAGAUAGGAAAACAGAAAUAAUCCAUGAAUUAGGUGUUGAAUUAAAUGAAUUAGAUGUUGAAAUAUAUAAGAUAUCAUGUGAAGAAUUAGACAAGAAAGAAAAUGAAGAUAUGAAAGCAGAAAUAAUCCAUAAAUUAGGUGAUGAAUUAAAUAAAUUAGAUGUUAAAAUAAAUAGGAUAUCAUGUGAUAGGU